AUGGUUAAGCGAGAGGUUAUCAAGAAAAACCUGCUGUAUACACGAUGGGUAACUAGAAGAGUAGCUGUGGGGACAAUAGCGACAGUAUGGCUUCUUGCUGGAUUAAUAUCGUUUGUUCCCAUAUCAUUGGGUUUGCACAGGCCACCGCAGCCGCUGGUUUACAACGCGGGUGGACAAAACUACCCUACGUGCGCUCUCGAUCUCACUCCAACCUACGCCGUCGUUUCUAGUUGCAUCUCGUUCUACGUUCCUUGUAUUGUUAUGAUAGGUAUCUACUGUAGGCUGUACUGCUACGCUCAAAAGCACGUAAAAAACAUACGUGCAAUAACGCGACCCAUAGACAUACCUGGAAGUAACGAUACAAAGAAGAGCCUGAAACAGAAGAACAAAGCUCUGCACAUUCACUUACACAAUCACCACAGUUCCCCGUACCAUGUCAGUGAUCACAAAGCAGCCAUUACCGUUGGUAUUAUAAUGGGCGUCUUUCUCAUUUGUUGGGUACCAUUCUUUUGCAUUAAUAUAGUAGCGGCGUUCUGUAAAACGUGCAUACCGGAUAUUACUUUCAAGAUACUAACGUGGCUAGGUUAUUCAAAUUCCGCAUUUAACCCUAUCAUUUAUUCCAUAUUCAAUACCGAAUUUCGGGAAGCGUUCAAGCGUAUCUUAACCGCCCACUACCCAGACUGGUGCAAAUGUGGCUACGAGUCGGUCUCCCUGAACACAAAUGACAAGUUCAUUACCGACCACGGUACAAAAACUGUCAUCGUAAAUGCUAGAGGAAAUGGAUCCUUCAGAGAGUUUUCGAGUGAACAUUUGAGUACGGAAACGGUGCGUCAAACUAGAGUUAAUUCUACAGAGCGCAACGGACUGGAUGACGAUGCAAGUGCCAUUUGACAAGACUGUGAUAAUAUUCGGGAUACCAUGGUAUAGCCAAACUGGAUGAUUGACCUACUUUCGGGGUCGUGAAGCGACUUGAUAAACGGCUGUGUCAUUUUUCGUUUAAACCAUUUUGAGGAUUAUUCGCCAGAGCGAUUUAUUUGCAGAAUUAGGGUAUCUACGUAAAACACUAUCUACGAAAUCUGAUCUAAUAGAUGUCAGUGUAUAUUGGUGGUAAAAAUUGGUUUAAUGUUGUACAAAUAAUGUAAAGCACUAGUCAUUAAUUGUGAUUCCUGUCAUAUCAUAAAUGUAACUUCAACGCGGUACGUGUAAAUAGCAUAUCGUAAUCUCAAACUUCCUACGCGGUUGUGAUUUAGUUUAUUCCACUAGAACUGGUCUGCCCUUCUUAAAAAUGACAACUCAAUCUACAGGGUGUGUGUACAUAUUAAGAUAGAAUAGUUAGUUACCUACCUGUGAGAAGCUCUCUAAUACGUUCACUGCACUUUAAAUCAACAUUAACAUAUCUUUUAAUAUUUACAAAUUGUUAUAAAUUAUACCCAAUAUUGUACAUAAUUUAUUCUUAUCCAACAUUCGUGCUGAUUACUGAACAAAAUCAAUGUUUUAUACCCUUACUAUAAAUGUAUCUUGGAAAUACGUGUACAUAGAGAAGGAAAUAAAAAUGAAAACUGUA